AUGCCAGUAGCAUUCGUCUACUUCCCCAAAAGUCCAAUGGGCGCAGACAUUUCAGAGAUAAGCACGAAAAUCGCGCACUUGUCUUUUGACGACCUGGUGCAUUUGUGGCGCAGAAUCAGUUUACCUGGAGGGCUUCUUGUUUUUGUGCUGAUUUUUAAUGCCUGCUGCUUGGUCAGCUUCAUUCGCCGGAAACUGCCCUUUUACUUGAAGCGAGUGCGCGUCGAGAGAUACACCCUCGUCGUCUGCAACCGCCAAAAUGUCCGUUUCAGCAGAACUAGCUACAUCUGGUGCGUCUACACUUGCACUGCUUCAGUCAUCGCCGCGGUCGUUCUCCUCAUUUUCGACAUUUUGAAACUUGUGCCGAGCCACUUCUGCUUCCCUUUCUCCAAAAUUUGGUUCAUCUUCACAGUCGUCAUGCCUCUCAGUUUCUGGCAGAUCAUCUACUCGUACAGGCUCGCCACUUACAUCCGAACGUCGAAUAAAGACAGACGAGAUUUGAAAAUCGCCAUUGCAGGCGCUGGCCCCGCUUUCCGUGGGAAUGGAAACUGGACUCUCACCGGCCUGAUGAACAGCAGAUUCCAGGAGGCGACAAAGCACGAGGACGAGGAAGAAAUCGACGUCGACGCCGUUGACCUGGUUCGAAUCAAGCCGAUAUUUAUCUACUUUGCGCUUCUUCCCAUGGUUCCCGCCGUUUUCGUCCCGGUUUUGCAGCUUUUUCUCAGCAUCGGAUGUUUCCUCAAACUCGGUAUCACAGUCCCCGAUGUCCCACAAUACGACCUCGGCUGUGUCAUUCUUUCGAGGCAAGAUUAUUCUGGCACCUAUUGCUACGCCAACGGAUCGUUUAUCAUGGGACUGGACCAGGCGACGUUCAAGUACUUCGGAUGGGUGUCGGCGUUUUUCGAGACGAUCAAUAUCUGCAUCCUCGCGAGUUCUAUUUACUUGAGCUACAGGCGGAUGAUCCGAGAGGGCUACCACCAGCGCGGACUCGUAGUCGUCGCUCAUUUGUUCUCCCUACUCUUGAUAGCUCUGACUUGCGUGCUGAUAAACGUAACGAUUUCGCUGCAUCUUAGUACUCGCUACGUCACAGUGGCCGUUUUGGUCUUUGAAAUUUUGUUUAUUCCGCUGAUUAUGCUGUUUUUCUUCGAGCGCACCAAUGCCAAAAGAAACAUGGACAUAUGGGUGAAAAGAAAACUCACUUAUUUUCUUGAAAAAACUGAUGCAAAACCGACCGGAUACGUUCCCUUCUUUUUGCAGCGAAUUUCGCACAUGCACAACGAGACAGUUCAAAAGUCUGUCCACGAUUACAUCGACAAAGAACUCGUCUCGCGGUUUUUGAUGUUUCGAAACGACGUGGAAAAUGCUCGUCCAUGGCGACUAUCAGGAACUGCUUAUGGAGUCAGAAUGAUUUACGGCAAGUUCGACGGCAAACCGGUUUUUUGGUCGUCCAAUUGGUCGGAAAAGAAGACCGACGACAUGAGCAACAACAAAAAGGACAUGCUGAUUAGGAAUAAUUUUCUGAUGAAAAAGAAGCUUUCCAAACUCAUCUUUUCGCUGGCCAAGAAAACCUGCGAAAUGAACUUCUCAAAAGUCGUUUUUCCAAUUUUCGGAAUCAUCUUCGACCACGAAAGCAUCCCUUCUUUUGUCUACGACGGAGCCACUGACACUUCAAUGCUCAGUUUUCUCGUCAGCCCGUUACAAAUCAUCACUUACAAAGACGUCUUUGGUUGGAUCAAGGACUUGAUAGCUGGAAUGAAGCAUUUAUCUAGCGCGGAUAUUGUCGUCAGAGAGCUUCGAUGCAUGACGCUGCUUCUCAGCGGCGACAACAAGCUCAAAAUCGCCUACGGAGUGAAAGGACUUCACAUUUUAGAAUUUUUGCCGGACGAAAUGGGCGACAAUCUUCUCUCGGAUUUCAUGUACUGGUUUGCUCCGGAGACUCUCAGAGCCAUGGAAUUCACGAAAGGCGUUUGGUCGGACGUCUGGUCAGUUGGCUGCACUAUCUGGGAGUUUUUCACCAGAGGAGGAACGCCAUACUCGCACUGCCGAAAGUGGAACGAUGUGCUCAAAGCGAUAGACAACGGAGAAAAACUUCAUCGGCCUGAAGUCAUGGCUCGCUCAAUCCACUCAAUCAUCAUGGCGUGUUUUGUCGAAGAACCAGACAAGCGAGCUACGUAUGAUCAGCUUGAAGAAGCGUUUAGAAUCUACUUCAACGAAACGAUGACCUCUCUGACGGACGAGAUCCCGCUGAUUUUUGACGAUCACAUGCUUCAAAUUUGA